AUGUCUCCGUCGAGAGGUACAGGGAGCUCUUGGCGUAACUCGAUCGGGAGCGGGCAGCUGGACGAGCAGCGGAGGAUUCGCAAGAAGAGGCAGGAGAGAAGUUCAAUCGAGUCAGGAAAGUUGCUCAGGAAGCAAUCCAGAAGCGAUACGAGUGCAUCAGAGAGCGAGACCAAGCGGAGAGCGAAAAAGAUGAUGCGCUGA